GUAAAAACAAACAAACAAAUUGUGAACAAAUCCAAAUGAGAGCGACCAACACAACGAACAUGUAUCUGACUUCUGCGUGCAUACAAACAUAAAAUAUCAACUAAUUUGUAUCUGGGGAGUUUUGGGGGAGCAAUCCCAGAACAAUUCAGUUAUCGUUGUUCCGCCUAACUGAUCAAACUCGAAUUUUCGCUAAUAAAAAAUAAAAAGAAAAAGAAAAGAAAAAUUCAUUAAAGCUACGAAUACCAACCAAAAGAUACAAAGAUAGUCUUAGUCUCAGGUCUCACGCAACAAAACGAUGUUGCAGAUACAACACCUAGUUUUGAUGAUACUGCUAUCGGAGGUGAUACGUCAUAAUGCCAUCACCUGUCUCGAAUCGAAUAGUGUGAAUCACGCGAGUGUCACAACCUUAACCUCAGCCAAUGGGGUGAACACCACCCUGACGAUCAGUAAUCACAUUUGCACAAGGGAGGAGACCUACAUCGAACAGAAACAGACGCCCAGCAUGCAGCAGGUGAAGGUGCGCGCAUCAAAUUGGUGUUUGGAAAUCCCGCCAAGGUGUUCGAAUUACAAGACUGAAUUUCGGGAAGUCAUCAAAUUGGAGAAUGUCACAAAAACACGUACGAUACGAUACUGCUGCGAUGGCUAUGCUGGGAUAACUUCAACCAAUGAAACAAUCUGCAAGCCAAUUUGUCGAGGCGGAUGUGGACGUGGUUAUUGUCAUUCGCCCAAUGAAUGUCAAUGUGAUGCCGGUUAUAUGGGCAAGCAUUGUACGCAGAGAUGUAGUCAUGACCGUUGGGGCGAAGCCUGUAAGAAUACUUGCCGUUGUCGAAAUCAGUCGGUUUGUGAUAAUAGAUCUGGAAUUUGCCACUGUACUUCAGGCUGGACUGGGAGCUGGUGUGAACUGCCCUGUCCACAAGGACUUCAUGGUGUCAUGUGCAAAAAAACAUGCAACUGCAGCUCGAACCGUUGCAAUCCCCAAACCGGCGAUUGCCUCGUUGACGAAAACAUUCUUCCAGCUAACGUGACGUCAUCCAUGAUAGAAAGUCUUAACUCGACAAUUGUCAACAUCACACAAAAUCUCAAUCGUCUUGCCAAAAACUUAGGCACAACUGAAACAGUUACCUAUCUUGUUCCCGAUACAAUAAUUGACGCAACAACUCUGAAAACCAUCCAGGAGGUGAUUCUCAUCAAACCCCCAGAUCAUCCUACACCGUCAAUCAUUGUCCAUCAACCAGGUGGAGGUGCCAAGACGCCAGAAGUUAUUCAUGUCAUAACAAACUGGCAGCAGGAGCAGCUGACUGGUUCGGGAGACUCAAAUGAAACUCGAGUUUUCGAAGCUGGCCUCCCAACAUCACUAGAUUCGGAAUCAAAGAUACUUACAAUUCUCCUCAUUGUUCUGCUUUGUAUCAUGGUAUUUUUAGCUUUGGGAUUUCUGAUUAUCUACAAGAAGUUCAACUUCAAACGUGAUAUAGCAGCAAGUCCAUCAGCUAUAACGUCUGAUCCAGAGAUAGAUCCAAAUUCGAAAGCGUUUGCCAAGCCGUUGCCAGAUCUUCCUGCUUUUACUCAGAUUAUACGAAAUAAAGUCGACGGUCCUGAAUUCUACGACUGUCCGACCAACAAUACCGUUGUCAAGCCACCGUACUGUUAUGCUCGGAAGGAAUCCCUUUAUUCGGUGAUUCCAAAAUCACGGAAAGGCAGUGUGGAGAGUCAUUUGUAUGACGAGAUACGCUACCCUGGUGCACAUCAUAAAAUUUCUCACAUGUAAAACAUGGUUUUCUU